GGGCAAGCAAACGGGAGCGGGGCUCUAAGUCACUUCUUCACAGCGGAGCGGAGGGGUAAUGGCAAAGGAAAAGAACCAGAUAGGGGGCUCCUGGGAGGACCUGGCUUUGCCUAACGAGUUUCCAGAACCGUGCACCAAGGAGAGAGCUGAGCAGAGCGAGGAGGCAGAGGCGGACACCGCUGCCAGUGACACAGAAGACGACGCCAAAGACAGAGCAGUAAAAUGCAGCCCGACACUGCUGAGGAUGCUGAAGGCUGCAGAGAACAGGUGGACUCCUCAGAGUCGUGACAGAGACCAGGCAGAACCAUCUGGAAUGGGGCCGACAGAGACAGAGACAGAGACAGAGAAAGAGGCUGAGGCUUUAAAGACCAACAUGCAAAUUCAGCUUAAUGACCAGCAAGAAGAAUUCAACAAGCUUCCCACCAAAGCUGGAUCCCGGCCUCUGUCUCACUCCGUCUCCCAGUCGUCUGCAGACAGCUUCAGCUCAGUGGGCAGCGUAAGCUCUGAGGAUGAAUCGGCUCCCCAGGACAAGCCGCAGAAGACCUCCGAUGGCCUGUCCGACUUCUGCGUUAAAAACAUCAAGCAGGCUGCUUUUGGACGUAAAGAAAUAGACAUCGCUCAGCAAGGAAUGCCGGCUCUGAUGAUCCUGAGGAAGAGAGCGGGUGGGGAGAAACCUCUGGCCGGGGCCAAAGUGGUGGGAUGUACGCACAUCACUGCACAAACGGCGGUGUUAAUCGAGACUCUCGCAGCGUUGGGGGCUCAGUGUCGAUGGGCCGCCUGCAACAUCUUCUCCACUCAGAAUACUGUGGCUGCUGCUCUGGCUGAAGGAGGAAUCUCCGUGUUUGCCUGGAGAGGAGAAUCAGAGGAUGACUUCUGGUGGUGUAUUGACCGAUGUGUCGGCGCUGACUCUUGGGAGCCAAACUUGAUUCUGGAUGACGGCGGUGAUUUGACCCAUUGGAUCUACAAGAAGUAUCCAAGCUUGUUCAAAAAGCUCAAAGGCAUUGUGGAGGAAAGUGUGACAGGCAUCUAUCGGUUGUACCAGCUGUCAAAGGCUGGCAAACUGUGCAUUCCUGCCAUGAACGUGAACGACUCUGUGACCAAGCAGAAGUUUGACAACCUCUACUCUUGCAAGGAGUCGGUACUGGACGGGUUGAAGCGAACGACUAACAUCAUGUUUGGAGGGAAGCAGGUGGUGGUGUGCGGAUACGGCGAGGUCGGCAAAGGCUGCUGCGCCGCCUUGAAAGGACUGGGCGCCAUCAUUUAUGUGACAGAAGUGGAUCCUAUUUGUGCCCUUCAGGCCUGCAUGGAUGGCCUCAGAGUAAUCACACUGAGCGAAGUUAUCAAACAUGCAGAUAUGGUCAUCACCUGCACAGGCAACAAGAACGUGGUAACUCGGGAGCACUUUGACCGAAUGAGAAGUGGCUGCGUCGUCUGCAACAUGGGACACUCAAACACUGAGAUAGAUUUGGCGUGCCUGCGGACUACAGAGCUGAAGUGGCAGCGCGUCAGGACUCACGUGGACCACAUCGUCUGGCCUGAUGGCAAGCGGGUCAUCCUCCUGGCUGAGGGUCGGCUGCUGAACCUGAGCUGCUCCACUGUGCCGUCAUUUGUCCUCUCCGUCACAGCUUCAACUCAGGCUUUGGCUCUAAUAGAGCUGUACAAUGCACCAGCAGGACGAUACAAACAGGACGUUUACCUGCUGCCUAAGAAGAUGGAUGAAUAUGUGGCCAGUCUACACCUGCCAAUGUUUGAUGCUCAUCUAACAGAGCUGACGGAUGAGCAGGCCCAGUACCUGGGCCUCAGCAAACACGGGCCCUUUAAACCAAAUUAUUACAGAUAUUAAAAUUAAAAGGAGAUUAUGUGGCAUUCAAACCCAUCCAACAACUCUCAUCAUGAAGCACUAGCGCCCCCUGCAGUCAGAUGAUGUCUACUGAUAUUGACGGCUGGCGGCAUUUGUUUUAUUUUUUUUAUUUUUUCUGGUUUUAUAUCACAUCCCUGAUUCCAGAAUGAAUUAAGCACUCAACUCUGAAUUAUUUGAGGAAGAAACCAGGAAUUCAAACUCUCUGAAAAAGACUAUUCUGUCGUUAUCUACUUUUACCCACUAGGGGGCGACAAGGAGCUGUUUGGGGGAAAUGCAAAGAUGGACUCUUAACAGUUUGAUUUCCAUCCAUCCAUUUUCUGACCCGCUUAAUCCCUCAUGGGGUCGCGGGACAGUUUGAUUUCUCACCAAAAAUGAUGUUUAAAGGUGUGUAUAUAUGAUACCGGGACGUUAUGCGUUAAUCUGCUUCAAUUGCUCAUGUUCUGCAAACAUAAACCCCUUCACAUUGUCACACUAUGGGGACAUGCCUUGACAUUAAGUACAAAAAGAAAGAAAAAACUGUAAUUUUGUAACAGUGAGAUGAAUACUUAUUGCUGUGGUUAGGUUUAUCCUGGUAAUGAUAGUGCAUCGUCACAAAAUUAAUGUCAGCCUAUGUAAUCUCCGGUGGGAGAACUAUGGGAACACCAGUGAUGUAUGAGUCUUGUCAAAGUUUAGUUUAUUGAUAAAGCACAUAUAAAAAAACAAAUGUCACUGACCAAAGUAUUGAGCAUAAAGCGGUUAAAAAACCAAGCAAAGCUCAUAAAACAAAAGAGUGCAACAUAUAAAGAGCUGGCAUGAAUGCAAACUCCUGCUUGAAUUUGAAUGGUUCUUUAUAUCCGUGUAAAGAGAUAUAACCCCAAGGUUGUAGAGGACACUGUAGAUGUAUUUCACCCUGAAGAGAUAUUAAAUGACAUGUUUUCACACAUUAUUUAUGUUGAUAAUAAAUUCCCACCUGUGUUUUGUGUCUGAGUAAAGUAAAAAAGUUUAAAUGAUCUA